AUGGCUCCGAUUAUCGACGAAUGGGAUCCUCUCGAGAAUGUUACAUCCUUUGAUGAUACAGGGUACGGUGACGUCCCUUCCUUUUUCGAUCAGAUCAUGGUACCUGGUCCGGAUUACAAUGGAGCUGAUAACACCAUGCUGCCUCCUGAUAUCUCCAACCUCUUCUCGGACCAAGACUGGUUCGGUGAGAUGGACAUCUUCGGAACAGAUUUUGUGCCGACGAUGGAUGAGGCUCUCGCUAUACCCCCGUGGCCUUCGCCGAGCACGAGUGUACCAAACGAAGUCGUGCAAGCCGCAAGCUCCUCUGGCCAGGCAUUGAGUCGGAGCGAACACGCCCGGAAAAGACAUGCGAUCUACCAGCAGUCACCAUGGUUAUGGUACCCGGAGAAGCGGCAGAAUGCUUUCAGCGAGCACUCAAGUAUCCAGCUAGAUGAGACCAAGCUAUACUCUGCAUCUUCGCCACACCAGCCGUUUGCCGAGGCAUCGAUCAUACCAGAUAAGCUGUCCAUGAACUCGCGGGACCGCAUCUUCGAGCUGAUCCUGAAGACCGCAAAAUCGCAGGUCUCGAUGGCAUCGUUUCCAUCUGCGGAGUUGCUGGAAGUGCUUAUGAAGAUGGGUAUUGCCAAGCGUCUCGAGACCGAUGCAUGGAUACACCCACAUCUCUUCCACUCAGAGACUGCCAGACCAGAGUUACUGACAGCACUAGUGGCUGCUGGUUGUGUUUGCUUUGGUGUGAAAGCCAUCUCUCGGACUGGACUCGUGCUCCUAGAGAUCGUCCGACAAGCGCUGAACAAGUCUGUGGAAGACGACAACAGUGCCAUCAGAGACUUGCAGUAUCUCCAGGCCAUGAUGCUCUGGCUGGACGUCUGCGCUUUCUGCGGCUUCAAGAGGAAGAUGGAGAUCGCCGAGAGUCAUCUCCAGCCUCUCGUCACGGCACUGCGACGCUUUGGAAAGUUUGACAGUGUCGCCUAUUCUGUCAUCAUCCCAGCCGCAAGUGAUACCAUAGAAGAGACUGAAGAGAAGUGGAGGCGAUGGGUAGAGAUCCAAUCGUAUACACGAUUAGUGCAUCAUCUUCUCGAGCACGACCUUCUAAUUACCAUGACCAAGCACAGAAAUCCACUGAUCUCGUACGCUGAGUUGACUCUGCCGCUGCCAGCGAAUCGCGAGCUUUGGCUGGCGCCUUCGGCAGAGACAUGGCGUACAGCAUAUCUCGCCAAGACACAUGGUGUGCGUCAACAACGUGUCUCUGUCCGAUCACUCUUGACAGAUGGAGAUCUGGUCAAUUGCCUCCCACCAGACAUCGAUGGCAAGCUGGCAAUAACCACGUAUCUCUACGGCCUGGCCGCCCAAGUAUGGGAACACCAACAACAAUCCACAGUCCUCAAUGUCGCCCACGGCACCAGCGACGCAUCAGCAACACUAUGGCUGCAAUCACGGCACCAGAAACUUUGCCAAUUGCUCCAAGCCACAAGUCCCGGCUUAGCAGGAACCAGCCCAACAACCCAAAUGUUCCAAGACUUCCUCCUCAGCACCCUCCACGUAAGUCUAGACGACGUGAUCCGCUUCGCAGGAAAAUGCGGCGAAGAGGAAGCCCACCGCGCUUACCAGGCCCUACAAAGCUGGAGCACAAGCAAGCAAGCCCGGACAGCCAUCUGGCAUGCAGCCCAAGUGAUCCGCUGGGCGAAAGUCACCCCACCCUACCAAUUGCGCGGCUGCGACUCCUUCCUCGCCUACCACGCCUCCAUGAUCCUCUGGGCCUACGCAAUGAUGCAACGCGACGCCGCACGUCGCACCGCCCGCUCCUCACCGCAACCCGGCGGCCCAGUCGAACGCGAUACCGUCUCCGGCCUGAUGGCCAACGGCAAACCACCGAUCAUCUUCCUCGACGGACCCAAGACCGCCGAUACCGACGCCUUCGUGCAUCUAAAUAGUGGACGCCCUUGUCUGCAGCUCCCGGCGUCGAAGCAGGCUCCUUCGGCCGUGCCGUUAUUGGGUGAUUUGAAGAAUCCGCAGAGUAUUAUGGCUGUGUGUGUGGAGGUGUUGGAGCGGAAUGCGCCUAGUGAGGAGAGGGCUGGGAAGCCGCAGAUGAUUAAGUGUUUGUGCGAUUUGAUGAGUGAGCUUGGGAGUUUGCGGUGA